UGGGUGCUGUUGUUUACAAAUAAAGCCAACUACACGUGUGCUCCAUUUUCGUUCUACUUUAGUUGCAGUUUUUUCUCCAGCAGCUAAAAUGCCGGAUAAAAUCAGUUUUUACGAUGUGGGGGAUCGGUAUGAUCCGUCCGAGUCCGACGACGAAUACGAUGAGCGAGAGCAAAAGCUGUUGAAAACAAUUCGCAACCGGAAGAAAUCUGCUGCUGGUGAGGAUGCCGAUGAAGAGGAAGUUCUCGGUUUCGACGAGGAUGGUGAGGAUGAGGAUGACGAGUAUGAGGACGAAGAAGGCGAUUUUGAUGAGAUUCGUAAGUUCGAGCACGAUAGUGAUAUUGAGGACAAAGAGGAUGACGACGAUUUACCGGACCGCAAGGCGUGGGGUUCGAAGGCAAAAGAUUUCUACGGUGCGGAUUAUGUCGAUCAGGACUACGACAGUUUGACUGCCCAGGAAGAGGAACGAGCUCGUCUGGAGGAAAUCGAAGCAAGAGAGAUACAGCAAAGAUUGGCCAAAGAAUUAAAUGAAGCGGAUUUUUCGUUGGAUAUAUUCGUUCCGGAACAAGACACGGAAGCAACCGAGACCAAACGUAGCAGCAAGAAGAAGAAUAAGAAAAAUGAGGUCGCAGAAAUUAAACUGACAACGGAUUUAUCUGAUUUGAGUGAGAGACAAAAACAGGAACUGUUUCGAAAGGAAGCUCCGGAAUUUGAUGGGUUGGUGGAAGAUUUCGAAAAGAAUUUGCUGGAAUGUCACGAAGUUUUGGAGCCAGUGUUGGAAUAUCUCGGCGAAAGACAGAUUACGGACCAUCCAUUCGUGAAAUUUCUGAAAGUACGGUACGAUCUUAGCUUGAGUUACUGCAGCAACAUCAGCUUCUAUUUGCUAUUGAAGGCAAAAAAAAUCAAAAUUAAGAAUCAUCCAGUAGUCAAGCGGUUGGUUCAAAUGAAGCAGCUUCUGGUGGAACUUAGUCAGAAGUAUGAGAAUUCUAUCAAACCCCAGGUGGAAACCAUAUUGGAACACAUUGCGUCGGGUGAAGAAUUGAACAUCGAUGACCAGCUGAUUGCCCAAGAUACGCCAGAUAAGCCAAAGAGAAAGAAAUUGAAAAUGUUGGAAUCAUUGGAAAACAGGGCUGAAUCAGAAGAAGAUGAGUCGGAACAGUCGGACCAGGAAGAAACUGACGAGCCAACAAGUAAAAAGCAACGAAUGGAUAGCUCUUCCGAGGAAGAACAAGCGGACGAUGCGGACGAAGGUGAAAUCGUUGACGGCAAACGAAAGAUUACCUAUCAAAUGGCGAAGAAUAAGGGACUUACGCCACACAAAAAGAAAGAGCAGCGUAACAUUCGCGUUAAGAAUCGUCGUAAAUUUGAGAAGGCUUUGGUUCGCCGCAAGGGAACCAUUCGUCCGGUGCGAACAGAAACCACUCGCUACGGCGGAGAAGCAACCGGCAUCAAGGCGUACGUCAAGCGAAGUGUUAAAAUUAAGUAAACGGGUUCAGGUUU